AUGGAGACUGGACAGAGAGUGACCCGAAAAGGCCGGAAACUGGGCUCCAGCUGCCGGCGGCAGACACGAGAGCCCGCUGAUGGCCAGGAUGCCCCUGUGGCUCCAGAGCUAGAGUCCUGGUCCUCCCAGGCAGCUGCAGAACUGCAGGGCUUCUUCCAGGACUGUGGUGCCAAGGAGAGGGGCUUUGUCACCCGUGAAGACCUGGCGGCGGCCACAUUCAGCUUCCUGGGCAGUGAGGAGGAGCCGGAGAUGAUAUUUGACUGGGUGGAUGUGGAGCAGAAGGGACGCCUCUCCCUUGAAGAAUUCAGCUCUGGGCUCAAGAACAUCUUUGGUUCCCGCUCAAGCACCCACAGGCUCCGCAAAAGGAGGCCACUGUCCUCCAAGCAAGGAUCUGCAGCCACCAGGUUCCCAGUGCUGGAGGAGGCCGACACUGAGGAGAAGGAGGCAUUCUUUGCCUUCAUGGAGCAGCUGGGGACUGGCCACUUACUUCCCGAGCAGGCAGACAUCUGGCAGCUGUGGGGACAGCUGCGGCAGGAAGAACCCCAGCUGGCAGACAACUUGGAGGGUUUCCUGGCCAAGAUGACCAGCCGUCUGCAGGAGGCACGGGCCGACAAGGAGGUUCUGGAGCUGACCCUGAGGAAGCGGGACUCUGACCACCAUCGCGAGGUCCAGCAGCUGUAUGAGGAGAUGGAGCAGCAGAUCCAUCGGGAGAAGCAGCAGCUGCAGGCCCAGAGUGACUCCCGGGACCUGGCCCUCAGCGCUCAGAUGCAGGAGGCCCUGGAAGCCAAGGAGCAUGAGAUGAAACAGCUGACCGAGGGCCAAAGGGAGCUGGAGGCCCGGCUCCACCAACUCAGCAGCACAAACCAGGAGGCCAACUCAGAGAACCAGCAGCUUCGGGAGGCUGAGCGCGACCUGGCUGGGAGGCUGGAUGAGGUGCGGGAGCAGCUGCAGGUGACCAAGGGGCACCUGAAUGUCGCUAAGGGCCGAGUGUCCUGGCAGAUGGAAGAGGAACCGAGGCAAGUGGCUGCCAUCCCUGGGCUGGGGAUGAAGGCUCCCGACCCUCAGGCAGUCUCCUCUGAGGAGGCUCCCCUGCCCGGACUGUUUGGGGACAACGAUGACUGGGACCAGCUUUUAAGCAGCUUCAACAGCCCCGCACACAAAGCCUUGCAGCUCUCCUGGAGUCCACCCCCAAGCCCUUCAGGCCCCCAGACACCCCGCGUAGUCAGGCAGAUUUCUAUCUCAGAGUCACAUAAUUUGCUCUUUGGUCAGAAGCCAUCUUCAGAUCCAGAUGGGGCUCCAAAGAGUCCACCUUCAGUGCCUUCCAGGGCCAAAGAAGGGGAAAGCGUGGACCCAGAUGGGCAGGACAUCAAUCCAGAACAGCCUGUCCAUCCUCACAGCUUGGAACCUAAGGAGGAGUCAGGGCCUGGAUCUGAGACACGUUUCCACUGGGAUCUCCACGGGGCCCCAGCUGGGGAGUCAGGGAGCCUGGUAGCAGCUGCACUCAAAGUGCUCGUUCCUUUGGAGGAUGGAUCCGCUUCCCAAGUGACCUCUCCCCCUGCCCAGGACGCAGCAGGGCCCAGUAAACAGUUUCAUGACUCAGAUGAUAAGAACUCCUGGCCUGGGCCUGUCCCAGCCAAGCCACCCAGGCAGAGGGAGGCCCUCCAUCAGGUCCCAUACACUGCCUUCUCUGAGCUGGGAUUGGGAUCCCUAGGAGCCAGAGCCCCCACACCAGGGCUGGCUGAGCCCUCCCAGGGUCUGGAGCCUAGGGCUCAGGCUCCUACUGAGGAAUUGGAGCGGGGCAAACUGGGCCUAGAUGUGCAGGAGGGCAGGCCUGGAGAGCGAAGAGAAACUCAUGGCCAGGCCCUUGGGCCAGAUGAUCUGUCUGCCCUCUCCCACCAGAGUCUGGAGGAGGAGCUCAGGGCUGAGGAAAGGAAACAGGUGGGCCGAGGAGGGCAAGGCCUCAGUUUAGAGCAGUCGGUAGAGGUCCAGGGCCUGAAAACUGGGCAUUCAGAACUCCCCCAGCAAGAUUCUCUGCUCGCUUCUGUCCCAUAUGACACACCACAGGCUCGGGCUGAAGCAGAAGCCCCUGCUCCUGGAAAACCAUCACCCCUAAGGGGCUCUCCCUCUAGGGGUGUUCAGUCUGGGGGUGGAGGGCCCCAGGAGCCCACGCAAACCCUCCCCACCAUGACUGAGCUGGAAGCCCAACCUGUGCCUCCACCCACAACUUCUCACACAGGAAAACAAGGCCCCCUACAGUCCGGGGAACCAAGGGCAGAGAACGGGCCUGAAGACCCAGGAACAGACUCUGGGGAGGCUGGGGUGACCCCAUCCCUAGGAGACCCCAUAGUCAGCAAGCCUCCAGCUGACCCCGAUCACAUCUUCCAUGUCAUCUUCCUGGGAGACUCAAAUGUGGGGAAAACAUCCUUUCUGCAUCUGCUGCACCAGAACACCUUCGCCACUGGGCUGACAGCUACCGUGGGAGUGGAUUUUCGUGUCAAAAACCUGCUGGUGGACAACAAGUACUAUGCGCUGCAGCUCUGGGACACAGCUGGUCAGGAGAGGUACCACAGCAUGACACGGCAGCUGCUCCGCAAGGCUGAUGGAGUGGUGCUCAUGUAUGAUGUCACCUCCCAGGAGAGCUUUGCUCAUGUGCGCUACUGGCUGGAAUGUCUCCAGGACUCAGGGUCUGACGGAGUGGUCAUUCUUCUCCUGGGAAACAAGGUGGACUGUGAUGAGGAGCGGCAGGUGUCCACCGAGGCUGGGCAGCAACUAGCCCAGGAGCUAGGUGUCUCCUUUGGAGAGUGCAGCGCUGCCCUGGGUCACAACAUUCUGGAGCCCAUGGUGAACCUGGCCCGGUCACUCAAGAUGCAGGAAGACCGUGUAAAGGACUCGCUGGUGGAGGUGGCCGCCGAGAGAUCACCUAAGAAAUCUGGCUGCUGCUCCUGA